AUGGUCAUUACCACCGGCACUCAGUCGGAGUUGUUCGCAAAGCACUGGCUGGGGCUGGAGGAUAUGGCGUAUGUAAAUGUGGGCAUCUUCACUGGGGCGGCGCUGAAGCGAUGCGUGCAGCGCGGGAUUCCGCGCGCGACGCUAGUCGGAAUGAUAGGCAAGUUCUCCAAGAUCGCGAUGGGCAAGUUCGUAACGCAUGUCGCGGGCAAUAAGGUAGACCCGGUGUUUCUGGCGUCGCUAGCGGCGGAGUGCGGCGCGUCCGACGACGUGCAGGCGGAGAUGCGCGAUGCGGCGAGCGGGCGACACUUUCAGGAGAUUGCGCUGGAGCGCGACGUUAUGCAAGUGUUCGACCUUGUGUGUGAACGGGUCUGCGAUGCUGCACAGCAGUAUCUUGGCGACAGAGCCGGCGACCUGAUUGUGGACGCGAUUUGCUUCGACUUCGAGGGUGGCAUACUGGGCAAGGCGACCACCUCGACAGCUCCAAUACCGCUUGUGGAAGCGGUGGCUUCCGAUGACUAA